GUAGGAAGGUUGAAAGAUGUCUGAUCUGAAUGAGGCAGAUGUUAAAAAACUAAAGGUUGCUGAAUUGAAAGCUGAGCUUUCUGCAAGAGGUCUGCCAACAAAUGGCAAUAAAGCAAUCCUUGUUUCUCGCUUGAUUGAAGAGUUGCAGGCAGCUGAAGAGGAAGAAGAUGUAGCUAUUGAUGAGGCAGCUGAAGUUGAAGAACCAGCUGAAGUAGAAGAAUCAGCUCCAGUAGAAGAAUCUGUGGCAGCAGAAGAACCAGCUCCUGUUGAAGAAGCAGCUCAAGUUGAAGAAUCUGUGGCAGCAGAAGAAGCAGCUCCAGUUGAAGAAGCAGCUCCAGUUGAAGAAAUGGCAAUAGCUGAAGAACCAAGUCCUGCAGAAGAUCCCACUCCUGCAGAAAAUCCCACUCCUGCAGACGAACCAGCCCCAGCUGAAGAACCCAUCCCUGCUGAAGAACCCAUCCCUGCAGAGCCGGCAGUUAUCGAGGAAGCUUCACCUGCAGCAGAAGAAGUUGCAGAGGAGGUGGGAAUGAAAGUAGAAGAAGCUGCUCCUGUUGCUGAGGACGUCGUGCAGUGUAAUGAUGAAGAUGAUGAAAAAAUGGACCAGCAGGAAGAGAAUGUUGUGGACACCAAGGAAGAUGAGGUUAUGAAAACAGAGACUCUAGAUUUGUCCCCACCCAAGGAGACUGUAGCUGAAACUAAAACUGAUGAACCGAUGGAAGCAGCGGAAUCGUCCGACACAGCAACAGAGAAAGCUACUGAUAAGCCCCAGACCACGUACACUAAUAACAACGAGCAGAAGACCACGUACAGCAGCUACCCGUCCAGGACCCCCAACAGGGAGAGCAAGCCCCCUCCUCCUGAAGACAAAGGACCAGAAAUAGACGAAGAGAGAGUAGCUCUGGACUUCUACAACUCUGACGUGUUCCUUAAGAUUGAAGACAAAGGAAUGACUGGCUCAAACAGGGUCGAGUCUGGAUUCUCUCAACUCUGGACUUGUGGUCGCACCACAUACGGAGUAUCUAGCGGUAAAGUGUGUUACGGCGCAACUAUCAAGGAGAAGUUGGAGUGCAGGAGUUACGAGAACUUUGGGGUUGAGAAACAUCAGUUCAGGAUUGGUUUUAGCACCCAGGCUGCCAGUAUUGUACCGGGCAUGGAUGAUAAGAGUGUCUGUAUUGAUAACUUCGGGAAGAAGUAUAUUGACGGUGCGGUCGAUCAGUACUUUAAAGAAGAAACGUCAACGCUCAAAGAAAAAGACAUUGUUACUGUUGCUAUUGAUUUUGAUGAGCUCAACGUCAGUUUCUACGUGAACGGAGAGUCAGUAGGAGAGGCGAUCCCCCUACCAAAAACAAUGCAAGAUACGACUCUGUUCCCAAGUCUAGGUAUCAGGAACAUGCCCUUCACUCUGACUACUGAAUCUGGAGAGGAUGUCUUCCUUCCUGAGGGCUACACGUACAUGCAGGAGCACGAAGACAAAGUUCGGGGACCCGUAGCUCCGGAAUCUCGUGAGGAAUGUGAGGUGGUGAUGAUGAUAGGAUUCCCCAGUGCUGGCAAGACUACUUACGUUAAGAAACACGUCGCUGAAAACCCUGAUAAACACUACAACAUCCUCGGUACGUCGUACAUCCUGAAGAGGAUGAACGAUGCGGUGGAAGCACGGAAAAAGACAAAGAACGGGAGAAUGGGAUACGGGAUGAUAAACCACGCGGAGAAUAUGUUGCGAAUAGUAUUCGAUCUGGCGGGAAGGAGAGCCAGGAACUACAUUAUAGAUCAACAUAACUGUCAGUCAGCCGCACAGAGGAGGAAACUUAACUAUUUUAAUGGAGGCUACAAGAAGAGAGCUGUUGCAAUAAUCCCAUCUGAAGACACACUUAAAGAGCGUUCUGAAGCUAUCGCAGAAGCAGAGCGACACGAGGAGCUACCUAAAGAUCUUCAGAACGAGAUGAAAGCUUAUCUAACCAUACCAGCCUGCCCUGAACAAGUCUCUGAGGUGAUAUACCCGGAGUCCACGGUAGAAGAGGUAGCUGAAAGAGUUAAAGUCUACAACUUGGACGGACAGAACUGGCUGAAAAAGAACCGGAGGAGAAGAUCAGGUCCUUACCAUCACGGGGGCCGAGGCGGUUACUAUAACAACAAUAACAACUAUAGAGGAGGUGGCGGUAACAACAACUACAAGGCUUAUAACAACUACAGAGAUAACAGAUACAGUCCGUAUGGAGGCGGAAGAGGAGGAGGAGGAGGUGGGCACGGAGGAGGGUACGGUGGAAGUGGAGGGUACGGUGGUGGAAGAGGCGGAGGUCACAGAGGCGGGUACGGAGGCGGACAAGGUGGAGGGUACAGAGGUGGUUACCAUAACAACAACAACAACAACAGAGGGGGUUACAACAACAGAGGCAGAUGGUAAAUUGUCUCCGACACUCUUUCUACACUCAACAUACCUGAAAUACCUGAAAUACCCGUGAAACAACCUCCUGUUUUGUGUCUAAUCUCACCUGACGAGACCAAUAACCAUGUUAUGUCAUAUAAUAAUGAAAGAAGAGUAACUUAUUACUAGACAGACUAGCCAUGAUCGUCUUAUUACUGAAUCCAAUUUAUAAUUCAGCUUUUACAUUUUAGUGCUUGAAAUACACGUCGUUGGAGGAAGCUUUAUUUUGGCCGAAUCAAUAUAUCUGUUUUCAUUUCAAGAUACGUUUAGCUUAUCGGUGUACAAUGACGGUUAAUACCCAUUAACAAAAACUCGGUUUAUGGCCAUUUUCAGGCAGCAUCAUACCAUCAGAUAUUAAAUCCGUUUCUGGACGUUAUAUAAAUAGAUGUUUCAUUUCUGAGCAGGGUAACAACACGAUAAGCCGAGUUUGUGGCAGAAUAUAUUUUAUUAUUUGUUAAUGUUUUAGUGGGCCUUUUGUGGCUGUAGUUGAUUCUAUAUCUACAUUUUGUUUCCAUGUUGCCCUGUAUUAAUAUCAUCAUACCGUUUUAAGUAAUUUGAUAAAA